UAUCUGUGGUUGUUAUGUACAUGCUUUACCUGUCAACGGAGAAAGAACAAAAAUAGGCAGCCGACAUAAAAGGAGCUUUCGGAAAAUCUCUAGCAAAAAUUGUGAAAAUGAGUACUCGACAAGUAUUGCAAGUAUUUGAGCAGUACCAAAAAGCAAGGACAACAUUUGUGCAGACUGUAUCAGAACUAGCAUCUCGGCCACAAAAUAUAGAGACAUUACAAAAUGCAGGAGUCAUGGCUUUACUUAGACCAUUACUACUUGAUGUUGUACCAACUGUUCAACAAACUGCUGCAUUAGCUCUUGGAAGAUUAGCAAACUAUAAUGAUGACCUGGCUGAAGCUGUUGUCAGAGGAGACAUUCUUCCACAAUUAGUAUAUUCAUUAGCAGAACAGAAUAGAUUUUACAAAAAAACAGCUGCUUUUGUCCUCCGUGCUGUUGCUAAACAUUCUCCACAGUUAGCACAAGCAGUAGUUGACUGUGGAGCAUUAGAAGCAUUGGUUAUUUGUUUAGAAGAGUUUGAUCCAGGGGUAAAGGAAGCAGCAGCCUGGGCCUUGGGCUACAUUGCUAGACAUAAUGCAGAACUGUCACAGUCUGUAGUUGAUGCUGGAGCUGUCCCAUUGCUUGUUCUUUGUAUACAAGAACCAGAACUACCAUUAAAACGAAUCUCUGCAUCAGCAUUAAGUGAUAUAUGUAAACAUUCACCAGAACUUGCACAAACUGUAGUUGACGCAGGUGCGAUUGCACACUUAGCGCAGAUGAUUUUGAAUCCGGAUGCGAAGCUUAAGAGGCAAGUGUUUUCCGCGUUAAGUCAAAUAGCUAAACAUUCAGUUGAUCUUGCAGAAAUGGUUGUGGAGGCAGAAGUCUUUCCAGCAGUAUUGACGUGUCUUAAAGAUUCAGAUGAGUACGUGAAGAAGAACGUGGCCAUUUUGAUCAGAGAAGUAGCAAAACAUACACCAGAGUUGGCGCAAUUGAUAGUCAACGCCGGUGGUGUGGCAGCUGUUAUUGACUACAUAGGCGAAACACGGGGUAAUAUAAGACUGCCAGGUAUUAUGAUGCUGGGUUAUGUCGGUGCUCACUCGGAAAACCUUGCUAUGGCUGUCAUCGUUUCAAAGGGUGUCGUGCAAUUGGCAAUCGUGUUGUCCGAAGAAGUGGAAGAUCAUAUCAAGGCCGCUUCAGCAUGGGCGUUGGGACAGAUUGGUCGUCACACACCAGAACAUGCGAAAGCUGUUGCUAUUGCUAACGUUUUACCGAAGUUACUAUUCUGUUAUUUAUCAGCUGAAUCGUCAGAAGAUCUUCAGACCAAGUCUAAAAAAGCAUUAAAGAACAUCCUUCAACGAUGCAUUCAUCUGCCAGCGUUAGAACCUCUUCUGCACAAUGCACCGCCUAACAUCCUAAAACACGUGGUUAGUCAGUUCUCCAAAGUGUUGCCUCACGAUUCUAAAUCACGAAAACUUUUUGUCACAAGUGGAGGGUUAAAGAAAAUCCAGGAAAUCAAAGUGGAACCAGGAACUGCUCUUCACGAGUACAUUAACACCAUUAAUAAUUGUUAUCCUGAAGAAAUCGUCAGAUACUACUCGCCCGGCUACUCUGAAAAACUACUGGAUCGAAUCGAACAAUACCAACCACCUUUGGUGCAGUAAAUUUCGCUUUGAAAGAAAAACAUGUAUAUAUUCUUAUUAUUUUGAAAUUAAGAUAUAUUUUUUUUAUUUCGAUUUCAGGCGCAUGUAAAACUUUCUCGAUUUUUUUUUUUCGUUCACCUAAUAAAUGCUUAUAUGCUUCUCAACAGUGUAAAUCGUGGUUAGUUUUAUUUUACCUUUUAACGUGUAAAUACCUGAAAGCGAUAAUAUAUCAAAUUAGUAA